AUGUUGUACUCACGCAAAUACUUAAAAACCAUCCCAGUAUACUGUCUAACCCUUCCCAGCUUUUUCUUUAUUUUCCUUCUUUCUUAUUUUCAAUCAUUUUUCUUUUUUCUAAUACAGCAUUUACUUAAUUUCUGCCUUGCAAUUUCAUACAAAUCCUUUGAAUUUUUUCUUUCUUUGGAAUUUUUUCUUUCCUUUCUUUCCUUUCUUUCUUUCUUUCUUUCUUUCUUUCUUCUUUCUUUCUUUCUUCUUUCUUUCUUUCUUCUUUCUUUCUUUCUUUUCUUCUUUCUUUCUUUUCUUUCUUUCUUUCUUUUCUUUCUUUCUUUCUUUUCUUCUUUCUUUCUUUUCUUCUUUCUUUCUUUUCUUCUUUCUUUCUUUUCUUCUUUCUUUUCUUUUCUUCUUUCUUUUCUUUUCUUCUUUCUUUUCUUUCUUUCUGUGUUUUCUCACAUGACAUUUUUUUCACUCAAUCUUUUCUUCUUUCUUUCAAGCUUUUGUUUUUCCCUUUUUUCUUUACUUUUACUUUUUCUCCUUGCUCUUUCACACAAAUUCUUUGACUUUUUCUUUCAUUGGAUUUCUUUUCUUCUUUCUUUCUUUCACUUUCAUUUCUUUUCAAUUUUUUCUUUCUUUGGUAUCUACUUUUUUUAUUUUAUUCUUUUUAUAUAUUUUCUUUCUUUCGAUCAUUAUUAUUUUUUCUUUCUAAAAUGUUAUUUCUUACAUUUCUUCCUUCUUGAUUUUUCAUAUUAUAUUUCUUUCUUAAAGUUCAUUUUUCUUUAUUUCUCUCUAGUUUUUCUUUUUUUUUUAGUCUUCUUUCUUUCAUUUUUCCUUUUUAAUGCAUUCCUUUGCUUAUUCAAAAUCUUUCUCCUUCUCUAA